CCGUUUGUUUCCAUUUGAAAGCUGUAAAAAACGCAGAACAUAGAAAAUCAAAACAGCCUCAGUUUCUCCAUUAAAAUCAACUCCAAACUUCGUAUAAUCUUACUCUAGAUCUCUCCUUUUCCCCCAAAUUCAAGAAUUUAGGGUUUUAGAAUCCAAAACAAUUUAUCGUACUUACAUCAAAGUAAGUAUCAACAACAAUGGCGAAAGGAAGACAAAGUAGAAAGCGAGCAUCUACAUUAACCCUAAUUUUAUCUAUGUUACUUAUGCUUACAGUAGUCUUGCUUUUACUUCUUGCUCUUGGAAUUCUCUCUCUUCCUGUUUCCUCAGAUGAUCUUCAUCCUGCUCAUGAUCUUAGCAAUUUCGGUCGCAAAGUUCUUGAAAGAGGUAAGGGGAUUGGAUUAAGAGGUAAACAAUGGGUGGAGAUUCUAUCUUGGGAGCCUCGCGCUUUUCUGUAUCAUAAUUUCCUGUCUAAGGAGGAAUGUGAGUAUCUAAUUAACCUUGCAAAACCUCAUAUGAGGAAGUCUACUGUUGUUGAUAGUAAAACUGGUAAAAGUAAGGACAGCAGGGUGCGCACUAGUUCUGGAAUGUUUUUGAAAAGAGGUCAAGACAAAAUCAUAAGGGACAUAGAGAAAAGAAUAGCAGAUUUUACCUUCAUUCCUGUAGAGCAUGGCGAGGGAUUACAGAUUCUUCACUAUGAGGAAGGUCAGAAGUAUGAACCUCACUAUGAUUACUUCCUUGAUGAGUUCAAUACGAAGAAUGGAGGCCAAAGAAUUGCUACUGUUUUGAUGUACUUGUCAGAUGUCGAAGAGGGUGGCGAGACUGUCUUUCCAGCUUCAACUGGAAAUUUUAGUUCCCUACCAGGUUGGAAUGAGCGGUCUGAAUGUGCUAAAAAGGGCCUUUCCGUAAAACCAGUGAGAGGUGAUGCCUUACUUUUCUGGAGUAUGAGACCAGAUGCAACAUUAGAUCAUGCCAGUCUACACGGUGGCUGCCCAGUCAUCAAAGGAAACAAAUGGUCAUCUACCAAAUGGAUGCAUGUUGACAAAUACAAGAUCUAGGCCUUCUAUUGAGGUUACUGGUGGUUGUACGGAUUUUGGCUUACAUUUUACAAGGUGUCCAAGAGGGUAUUGCUGAUUGUUCGAGUCCCAAGUCCCAACUGCAAUUGCAACUAACACAAUACUAUUCUAGCAAUUAUAGUGAGAGUAUUAUCAAAAUUAAGGUAGUCAUUUACAUGUGGUAUACGGGGUAUAUAUACGGUUCUCCUGGUUCGAUGUUUCUUCUAUUUGUGGUACAUCCUCUGAUUUUUAAAAUUUUGAGCGACAUAUUCUAUUUUUUGAAUGUAUUCUAUGGAGAGAUGUAUAGCGUUUCACAAUUAGUAUAAAUUACUUAAUUUACAACGCUACAAUAUCGAAUCACAUUAUGUUUUGCUUUGCUAAUGGGGCUGUGACUUCCUGUGGUUAGACUUUAGAGCAUCACUGAUUGUUAUUUGUGACCUUCAAGAAAGAUGUAUACUCCCCAUUAAUUUCUUUCACUUCCCUUUUUUUUUUUUUUUUGUUUUUUUUGAAGAUUGAUCUAUUCAUUUUGCUACUCUUAAUUUAACAAUGGGAGAUCAUUUUUAUGCUUUCACACAUCUCUCAUUCACUUGUUUUCGCAAUUUUUUCAUUGCUUUCUAUAUCAAACAAAAGUAUAGCAUAGAUGUCAGUUAUGGACUCAUGGUAUAGAGAAAAUAAUUCUUUGAAGACAAUUCAAAUUAUGGUUAUUUCUUAUUUAAAUAUAGAUUGUAGAUGAUCAUUUGAAAGCAAUCUUUAUCGGAAUU